AUGAUCUCGCAAGACGUGGGCACGGGGCCUCCGGACGCCACCCUGGCAGCGCCCUCGGCGAACAAGAGCCUGGGCAGCCUCUCCGCCUUCACCUUGCAGGGCCUGCCCGGCCUGGAGGCUGCCCACUUCUGGCUGGCCUUCCCGCUGUGCGCCCUGUACGUGGUGGCCCUGGUGGGCAACUCCAUCGUGGUGCUGGUCAUCCGAGCCGAGCCGGCCCUCCACACGCCUAUGUACUUCUUCCUGGGCAUGCUGGCCGGGGUGGACCUGGCCCUGGCCUCCUGCACGAUGCCCCGGGUCCUUUCCCUCCUCUGGCUGGACGCCAAGGAGAUCGCCUACCAGACCUGCCUCCUGCAGAUGUUCUUCAUCCACUCCCUCUCGGGCAUGGAGUCCGCCAUCCUCUUGGCCAUGGCCGUGGAUCGCUACGUGGCCAUCUGCCGCCCGCUCCAGUACGCCGCCAUCCUCACCAACUCCGUGACGGUCAAAGUGGGCCUGGUGGCUGUGGUGAGAGGGCUGGCCUUCUUCCUUCCUCUGCCCUUCCUGCUCAACCGCCUGUCCUUCUGCGAGUCCCGGGUCCUCCGGCAUUCCUACUGCCUCCACCAGGACAUGAUGAACCUGGCCUGUGACAAAGACAAGCUGGCCAUGAACGUCGUCUACGGCCUGAUCGCCAUCAGCCUGGUGAUGGGCUUGGACUUCCUUCUCAUCCUCGCCUCCUACCUGUUGAUCCUGAAGGCCGUCCUAGGGCUGAGCUCCUGGGAGCAGCGUCUCCGAGCCGCGGGCACCUGUGUGGCCCAUCUCUGCAUGGUCCUGGCCUUCUACCUGCCCCUGAUUAGCCUCUCCGUCAUCCACCGGUCCACAGAAGACGUGUCCCCGCUGCUCCAGGCCAUCCUGAGCAACGUCUACCUCCUGGUUCCUCCUGUCCUCAACCCCAUUGUCUACGGGGCGAGGAUGAAAGACAUCCGGAAGCGGGCCUUGAAGUUCAUGAGGCUCAGCCGGAACAGGGAGCCCCACUGGUUGGCUAUGCCGGGAGUGAGUGCCAACCUCAGUGUCUACGCCCCUCCCACCUCCUUCCUCCUCCUAGGGCUGGAGAGGGUCCAGGCCUGGCUCUCCGUUCCCGUCUGCUUCAUCUACGCCUUGGCUCUCUUGGGAAAUGCCACCCUGCUCUGGGUCAUCUGGACGGAGUCCAGCCUGCACCAGCCCAUGUACCUCUUCCUCUCCUUCCUGGCACUCACCGACAUGGCCAUGCCCACCUGUAUCCUGCCCAAGAUGCUGGGCAUCUUCUGGGCCAACGCCCAAGAGAUCACACCCGCUGCCUGCCUGGUGCAGAUGUUCAUGGUGCACGGCCUCUCUGUCGUGGAAUCUGGGACACUCACCACCAUGGCCUACGACCGAUACGUGGCCAUCUGCAACCCCCUCAACUAUACAACCCUGCUGACCCCAAGGAUGGUGGUCAAAUUCGGAGCAGCCGUGGUUAUCCGGGCCAUCGUGAUUGUCCUACCCAUUCCUUUACUUCUGCUGAGGCUGAGAUUCUGUCAUUCCCGAAAUAUCUCUCAUACGUAUUGUGAGCAUAUGGCUCUUGUAAAACUAGCAUGUGGGAACACCACUCCCAACAACCUCUAUGGGCUGGUUGUAUCCCUCCUCAUCACCGGCGGCGACCUGACCUUCAUCUUCGUCUCCUACGGGCUGAUUCUACGGACCGUCUUCCGCCUGCCUUCCUUGGAGGCUCGCCACAAAGCCCUGGGCACGUGUGGGGCCCACGUGGGGGUCAUCUUCAUCCUGUACACCCCUGGACUGUUCUCCUUCCUCUCUCACCGCUUUGGGCACAACAUCCACCACAGCAUCCACAUCUUCCUGGCCAAUGUCUAUUUGCUAGUCCCUUCCAUGCUCAACCCCAUGGUUUAUGGGGCCAAGACCAAGGAGAUCCGUGUGCGGGUGCUGAGGGCCAUGGGCUUGCAGAGGAGGAAAGUGUAG